UUCAGUGAUUCAAAGGUGUUGGAUAAAGAGAGCUGAUAGGGCGUUAUCGAACAAUCGCAACAUGAAGCCGAUUCUGGUGGCCAUUCUGGCUAUCCUGGUGGCGACAACGGAGGCUGCUCCAACGGAAUCUAAACAGGAUCAACUUAAGGAUUUUCCAUUGAACGAAAUUAUUCCCAAUCAAUUCGGACAGCGUGGAUUCAAUGGCAAUUGGGUGACGGGGAAGGAGUUCGUCUAUCGCAAAGCCGAUGGUGGCUACGUCAAGUACAACGCUGAAGACAAAACGGAAACUGUAGUCUUGGAAUCUAGUGCAUUGACGGACUGGCCAGGCGCAUCCGUGCAGUUUAUCAAACCCGACCUGAACAAGGCAUUGAUCCGGUACGCCACGAGAACCGUGUUCAGACAUUCAACUCUCUCGAAAUAUGUUGUGUUGGAUAUUUCCACUGGGAACACGUACGAUGUUGCCAAUAAAGAAGAAGUGUCUGUCUGUAUCGUCUCACCGAACGGCCAAUCUUUGGCCUACGUCAAGAACAAUAAUGUACACUACCGUUCCGAGCUGCUGAGCACAGAUGAGGAACUCCUGACGGAGGACGGAGUCGCUGGAGUAAUCUACAACGGCGUUCCCGAUUGGGUGUACGAAGAGGAAGUCUUCGGAACUGACGCUACGCUGUGGUUCUCCAAUGACGGUACCCACAUCGCCAUGGCUAGUUUCAAUGACACCAAAGUAAGGGAGUUCACCUAUCACAUCUACGGUGAACCGGACGAUCCCAACAACCAAUAUCCGGAGGAGUAUACUCUAAAAUAUCCCAAGGUUAACACCACUAAUCCAACGGUACAUCUGCGAGUCAUGGACUUGACGGUGAAUGGACGUGUUUGGCAUGAGCUACCAGCUCCCGAAAACAUUGUCAGCGAAGAUCAUAUCCUCGGAACGGUCAACUGGAUUGGAUCUGACUUGGGAGCGAUCUGGAUGAAUCGACGACAAAAUGUAGUUACCUACCAGCGCUGCAACGUAGCUACGCGGGACUGUACUGAGCUUGUCAGAGUCGACGAACCCAAAGGAUGGUACGACCUGUACACCCCUCGCUGCACUAGCACUGGCGAUCGCUGCUUCUUCCUGGGAGAUUCCAACGGUUGGCGACGAGUCUGGGAGUUGAACGGUUCUAGCAUUACCUACAAGUCCCCCGAACAGUUCACCGUUACUAGCAUCAAUGGGAUCGACGAAUCCAAGAACAACCUUUACUAUACAGCCGUCCCGGUCAGUGCUCCACAAACCCGACACGUCUACCGAGACGGAGAAUGUCUAACCUGCAGCCUGCUCAAGGACAAACUCAGCAAUGAUGCGUCCUGCAACUACGCCAGCGUAUCGUUCAGUACCGACUUCUCGUACUUUGCUGCAACUUGCUCCGGUCCUACUCCCUCGUACUCGCAAAUCUACCGAACCGAUGAUCUACAGCACAUGGCAGACUGGGAAAUGAAUGAAGCUCUUCGCACCAAGCUGACCGCCUACAAGGAAACUAAAGUCCGCUUCCUCAAGGUCCCAGUCGCCGGUGGAUACAAAGCAUCCGUCCGGUUGUACCUGCCACCGGAGAUCGAUUUCGAAAAUCUUGCCAACAACAACGAAAAGCACCCGAUGAUCGUUCAAGUUUACGGUGGACCGAAUUCUGCUCGAGUUAUCGACACCUUCACGAUCGGGUUCGGAAACUAUUUGACCACAACGAAAAAGACCAUCUACUGUCAGAUCGAUGGACGCGGUACCGCCAACCAGGGUUUUAACUUCUUGUUCACCCUCAAUAAUCAGCUGGGAACGGUUGAGAUUGAGGACCAGAUUGCCGUGACGCGUUACCUGCAGGAUAAGUACAGUUUCAUCGAUCGGGAACGGACCGGUAUCUGGGGAUGGAGCUACGGUGGCUAUGUGACGUCGAUGACGCUGGAGAAGGACAGUGACAAGGUGUUCAAGUGUGGCAUUUCGGUUGCUCCGGUGACUUCGUGGAUGUUCUAUGAUUCUAUUUAUACGGAACGGUUCAUGGGUUUGCCACAGCCGGGAAAUAAUGAGGAAGGCUACGAAAAAAGUGACGUUAGUCGAUAUGUGGCUGGCAUGAAGAAUCACAUGUUCUUGUUGAUUCACGGAAAUGCCGACGAUAAUGUGCACUACCAGAAUUCGAUGGUGUUCGUUCGAGCCCUCGUUGACGAGGAUAUCGAGUUCGAGCAGAUGAGUUACCCUGAUGAGGCACAUGGACUUUCUGGUGUCCAGCAGCAUUUAUAUCACACAAUGGAACAUUUUUGGGAUCAAUGUUUCGAGUAGGCAAGUCUACAGUGAGGGCAGUGUAGCUUAAUAUAGAUGAUCUACAAAAUGUGAAUGUAAAUAGACAUCCAAUAAAUUAUGUAUUGAGCACAGGCUUUUUAGAAUGAAGCAGGCACC